AUGUCGUCACGUGAAGCCCCAUGGAACAAAGAUCGCCAGCAUCUACCUCAGCGCAAUGCGCCGUCGUCAUCCAUUCCCGCAAAGCGCUCAGCCGAUUCGCAAAGUCACAACAGCGCUGCAAAGCGGUCAACAAACGCGGCCGAGGAGGCAUGGGUAGCCGAUGAGGAUCGCUUUGUGUUGCAGCAGGCCAAGAAGAAGGCGGCUCUGCGCGUCAAGGGUGGCCGUGCGAGACCCGUCGACUGGUUGGCCGUCACAUUGCGCUUCAUCGAUCCUGCAGAGAAGUCGAUUUUAGACGAGGAAGUCGAGGAUCACGAGCUUGACAUCGUAGACCCCGAGGGCGUACUGGAAGGGCUUGACAACCAAGACCUCGCAGAGCUGGAGAAGGAGAUCGAGAACUACUUGACGCUAGAGACAAGCAAGAGUAAUCGCGACUACUGGACUUCUCUCAAAGCCAUCUGCAAGGAUAUGCGCCGCAAAUCCAGAUCAGAUAAAGCAGAAGCACGCGGUACCAGCUCUGUAGCCGCCGACAUCGAUCAGCUCCUCGCCCCUAAAACGUACGAACAGCUCGAAACACUCGAAGUGCAGGUUAAAAAGAAGCUCGAUUCGGACGAACCAAUAGACUACGACUACUGGGAGCAACUGCUACGGAGUCUACGCGUAUGGAAAGCAAAGGCGAAAUUGCGGCGCGUGUCGCAAGACAUUGUUAAAGAGCGACUGCAGACGUGGCGCAAGCAGCAGGCUGAGGCGGCUGCUUCAGUACAAGGCAACAUCUACGACAUGCUCCGAGGCGGCGAUGAAACUAUUGAAGUGCAGCCGACUACGGUCGUAUAUGAUGCCGCUUGCGACCCCGAGCCAUUACUAAAGCUGCGCGCUGAAGACAAAACACUGCCGCAAGUUGAGGAAAAGGCUUUCUUGGAGAACUUAGCUAUUGAAAGACGGAAGAUCCAAAAGGCCGGCUAUGUGCCCUCACAGGCCAAAGCAGAAGACCGCGCUCUUCAAAACAGCAAGUCGACAACCAGUCAGGCCGUUACCACGAGCGCCUCAAGAUUUGCACCCGUCGAGACGGACGACUAUUCGAAGGCAACCAUGGCCCUCUACGAGAGGGAAGUCGCGCGGGGUGUCGAAGAGGGCGAGGAGAUAUUCACUGGCGAAGAGGACGUCACCACUGCCCGCCCACAAUGGGCUAGCAGCUAUCAGCCUAGGAAGCCUCGCUACUUCAAUCGCGUCCAAAUGGGCUACGAAUGGAACAAGUACAACCAAACGCAUUACGACCACGACAACCCCCCACCGAAGGUCGUGCAAGGCUACAAGUUCAACAUCUUCUACCCUGAUCUCAUUGAUAAGACCAAAGCGCCCACCUAUAAGAUCGAGCGCGAGAACGGCCGCAAGAAAGGCCAGUCCUUCGCGCCGGCUGGCGAAGACGAUACGUGUCUUAUCCGAUUCAUCGCUGGUCCACCCUAUGAAGAUAUCGCCUUCAGGAUCAUCGACAAGGAGUGGGACUACAGCGCCAAGAGAGAUCGUGGCUUCAAGAGCAGCUUCGACAAGGGUAUCUUGCAACUCCAUUUCCAGUUUAAAAAGAUAUACUAUCGAAAGUAG